UUUUCUUUGGACCAAAACCGCGAAAUUAAGAAUGGCUCGUAAAAGCCAUAAACUCCCAGCAAAGGAAAGUUCUUCAAAAAUGAGAAAACAGUGCAAAAUUGAGCACUUUUUUAAGAAAUCCCCUGAAAAUCACUCUGGAGACAGAAAAGAUGUCAAUAGUGUUGAAGUUAAAAAGACUUGUAGCUCAGAAUCUCCUGUGAAUGUCCAUAAAAGAAAACGAAAUCCAUCAAAUGAUUCAGAAGGGAUUGAAUCCUUCUUCAGUAAACAGAAUUGUUUGGAUACAAAAAGUGAAACAUCUAAAUCACGUGGAAGAACUUCUCUAAAAACUAGACUGUCUUUAAAGCGGAAAAAGAAAAAAAGUGAGGAACAGGGGGGGAAAUUAUCUAAUGGUGUUAUUGAAGUAAUUGACAUAACAGAAAAUGGAAUGGAAGAUUGUUUAACAAAUUCAUUAGUUUCAAAGGAUCAAAUGGAAUCUGCAAGUCUUGGUCUGAUGCUUAAUCCAUUGUCAUUAGAUGUUAAUGAGAAUGAUAUUGAAUUAUCAAAUAAUCACUUGGUACCAAAUAAAACUGAAGUUACACCAUCAACAACAACAACACAAACAUUACAACAUGCAUUGCCAUUGGAUGGUAAUGACAAACUCUGUGAUGAUAAACUGCAGUCAGUGUUAGAAGGAAAUAUUCUGUGUUCGCAAAGUGAAACAAAUGAUAGCAACUCUUGUCGAUUAAAUCUAAAUGAACCAGGAACAGACAAGGUUUUGGAUUCGGACAUUGUUAAAGAAACAGUGGACUGUACAAGCAUAGAUUUAUCCAGUGAAUCAAAAUCAUCAAAGAAUAUGAGCAAAUCUCUACUGGCAGAACAAGCAGGUGAUAAGCAGCAAAAACAGAAACCGCAAUUAAAUUUACCUGAUUUUGGAAAACCAAUCUCUUCAGAUUCUUCUAGCAUCGAUUCAUCUCCUGUGGAUGGUCUCGAAAGCUCUGUAUCUAAAUGUAAAUCUGAUGAAUUUCUUGAUGAAGGAACUGGAUCUCAACCUCAAGAGAUGGAGGCUGAUGGGGAUACAGAUGUCAAGUUCCGUGUCCCUUAUUAUCUGGAGAACUUUAUGGCAAUGAUGUCACAGGUGUUAGAAGAUGAUUAUUACAGAUCCCUCUUCAAUGAAGAUGAUAUGGAAGUUGUUGAGAAAUUUAACAGACUCUCAGAGGUUGCCCAGAAACUGUAUGUGCGGAUGUUUUCACGCAAGUUGAUGUGGAGAAUGCAGAUAAAGAUAAAGUAUCCAGAGAUUGCUGAAAACCUUUCAAGCUUUAUAAAUGAAUUAAUCGAAGCUGGUUUGGCCCACUCAGAACAAAACCUGACCAGCCUGGAGGAGACACUACACCUCUUGCCUUCUGCAGAUUUGAGAACAGUUGCCAAAUCGUUUUACCAUAAUUGUUCCAACCAGACCAAGGUACAAAUAGUUGACCUUUUACUGAAGCACUGCAAACAACAGUCUGUCAGAUCUCUCUUUGAACCAAAUGGAUUGCAAACUGUGGAGAAAUCAAUGAUGAAUCGCGCCAAAAAACUUCUUGGACCAUGCUUUAAGUUAGUGGAAUCUCAUCGCUCUGUUUUUGUACGUUUGUUAACUCUGUUCUCAUUGUGUGUGAACUCUAUGGAUGACGAAACUGGUGGUGCAAUUUCUGCACAAUUGUUUCAGAUGCUGCAAGUAAACAUUGGUCGUGUUGUGUUCCCCACUUAUAAAAUUCACAGACAAACAGAAAUCUUUCAAUCAAGAAAUGACUUAAUCAGGUAUGGUGAUGCUAUUCAACUGGACAGUGAAAUGGUUUCUAGAAUGGAGAAGAAGGAUUUAUCUGGUGCCUAUGAAGUCUACCUCAAAGCCAAAAUGCUCUACGAUGACAACAAAAAGGACAAAAGAAUAAAAAUGUGGGACAAGAAACUACCCCUAUUUCUGAGACAUUGUACCACUGGGUACGUUUGUUCCCAUAUCCUCUUCCAAGGGGUUGAAUUGCUUCAAAGACAAAGGAACUACAAAGAUGCUGUUGCGAUAUUAGAGGAGUUACUGUCCCAGGACAUAUAUGGCUGCAGCCACAGAGGUCGUUGGUAUGAUCGAUUGGCCUUGAACUUGGAUCAACAUUUGCAGUCACCAGGCAAGGCUCUGGACAUAAUAGAAAAAGGUUUGAAGGACUCUUUGGUUUCUGUUGGUCACAGAUAUUCUUUAUAUUUAAGAGCAGAAAAAAUUUGCAAAGAUUCCAAAUCUCGCUGGCACAAAAGAUUAAAGAAACUCAAACAUGAACCUGUUGUUGAGGCUCCUAAGGUAUUUAUCACUGGUAAAACAUUAGAAUGUGGUUUACCUGGCGUCAGGUAUCGGUUUAUUACUAAUAAUUAUGAUGCAACAGAUGGUACUUCCUCUGAAGAUGUAGUAAUGUGUCCUGUUGAAAUUCUGGUUCUUAAUCAUUACAUGAAUAAUGGCUAUCCACAAGGUCUGCACGCUGAAGGUUCCAUCAUGCAUUUCCUUUUUGCUCUGUUCUUCUUCGACAUCCUUUACAUGGACAUACCUGAUGUCUUCAUUAGUCCCUUUCAAGCAUGUCCCCUUGACAUGGCAUCUCCUGACUUCUAUUUAAACAGAAAAGAAGCCAUCGAUGAGCGUUUGCAGUUCAUCUCCACUGCAUCUCUACAGGAACUAAAUGAGCAAAUAGCAAAAGUCUGGGAAGACAAUUAUGGCUGCAUGCUUGCAGGUGGCAAGUGGGAGAUGUUUAAUUCACUUUCUGAAUUGCAGGGUCUGGUUAGUUGUAUGGAAGGUAAGAUUCUGGCAGGAAUCUUUGGAAGGUAUGCCAAAAAUCCGCGUCACACUCGAAGUGGGUUCCCUGAUUUAACCCUUUGGAAUGUAAACACAAAGAAAUUCAAGAUCUCGGAAGUCAAAGGCCCUGGUGACCGUUUGUCCACCAAACAGAUGUUGUGGUUGGAUUAUCUCAUCAAAUUAGGAGUUGAUGCUGAAGUCAGUCACAUAAAACCUGUUGGAACUAAGAAGUUGCAGCCACAGUCAGAAUAAGAAGUUAAAGAUAGUUUUGACCAUAGAACGAUUUUAUUUCACCAGUUAAUACAAUGUUUCAUCCCAGAUUACCAUCAAAGUAAAUUAAAAAAAUUUUUUUUUUUACGUAUAUGUAGAUAUGUAUUAUAUU